AUGUCAGAGUUCGGUGGAUUAGCUAUUGCAGUACCUGGUGAAUUACGAGCUUAUGAAAAAGCUUUUCAAGAAUUUGGUGGAGGUAUUGUAACAUGGAAAGAACUUUUUGAACCAACAAUUCGAUUGUGUCGAGAUGGUUUUGAGAUUAGUAUAUCACAAGGUACAGCUAUUCAACAACAAACAAAUAAUAUCCUUGCUGAUUCUGCAUUAAGAGAACUUUUCGUCAAAAAUCGAGAGACAAAUGAAUUAUACAAAGCUGGUGAUAUAAUGAAACGACCAAAAUUAGCUGAUACACUUGAAAUAAUUGCUAACCAAGGUGCCGAUGCAUUCUAUACAGGUGUUUUAGCUGAUAAAAUUGUUAGGGAAAUUGAAGCUAAAGGCGGAAUUAUAACAAAAGAAGAUCUUGCUAAUUAUACAGUUGAUUUUCGUGAAGCAUUAAGUGUUGAUAUUGGUAAUUCAUCUACUGCAUAUACAACACAAGCACCAACAAGUGGACCACUUCUUACUUUUAUGUUAAAUAUAAUGCAAGGUUACAAUAUGCAAGUACAAGAUUUACAGCAACCAGAAUCAUCUGCUUUAUUUUAUCAUCGUCUUAUUGAAGCAUUUAAAUUUGCUUAUGCAAAAAGAAGUGAACUUGGUGAUCCAUUGAAAAUAGAUAUUGAUGACCUUAUCCAUAAUUUAACAUCAAAAGAUUAUGCCGAUAGUAUUCGUGCAAAAGUCGAUGAUUCUAAAACAUUUGGGUUUGAAUAUUAUGGUGGAACUUGGCUAGAUAGAUAUACAGUAGGAACAGCUCAUUUAUCAGUUGUUGGACUUGAUGGUGAUGCUGUUGCAUUAACAUCAACUGUUAAUCUCUAUUAUGGUUCAAAAGUCCUUGGUCCUGAAACUGAUAUUUUUUAUAAUAAUGAAAUGGACGAUUUUUCAACACCAAAUACAACUAAUUAUUUUGGUGUACCAGCAAGUCCAGCUAAUUAUAUAGCACCAGGCAAACGACCAGUUUCAUCCAUGUCACCUGUAAUUAUUAUAGAUAAAGAAAGUAAACGUAUCCAACAAGUUUUAGGUGCUAGUGGUGGUACAAGAAUAACAACAAGUAUUGCUCAAGUUUCAUUGCUUAAUUUAUGGUUUAAUAAAAAUAUUAAAGAUGCAAUUGAUGCUCCACGUCUUCAUUCUCAAUUAUUACCACAAGAAGUUAUUGCUGAACGUGGUUUUGAUUAUAAUAUUUUACAACGAUUAAAACAACGUGGACAUAAUAUAACAUGUGGUUCUUUUGGUGGAUCUACUAUACAAGGUAUUGAAUGGCGUGAUGAAGCAAAUCAAUACUGGGCAAACUGUGAUAUACGUAAAGGUGGCGCACCCGACGGAAUAUAA